ACCAAAAAAUUUCCUAAUUUCAAUUCAGUUGUGUCAAGGUUUAAAAUUGCAGUUUGCAAGCUUAGUAUAAUGCUUUCGGAGAUCUCCACAACUGCAAUUGUGGCCACAUCAAUCACAAUGCAGAUGCAACUGUGACAGCAGCUGCAAUUUAAAACCUUGAAUUCUAUAUUUGUAGUGUUAAUCUAUUAAUGCCCUAAGUGUUUAUGUCUUUUUAAACAUAACAUCUAUGGGCUCUAAUCUUUUGGUUUAUUUAUUUGCAUAAUUCUAAAAUUCAGUUUGGUUUGCCUAAGGCCAUGACAGUUAUGCCUGGUAUUCUUUGGUCAUCAUUUGUAUUCUUGGAGACAAAGUGCAUUUGUCUAUGAAGUGAGGGGCAACAAAAUAAAUUAUUUACUGUUGUUUUCAUCAAAGUUGGAAUUCUAGUUGAUUAGUUGUCCCAACUCUAAUUGGAAAGAUGGGUAGCACAUUUAAUCCACAGAUUUUAGUGGAAAAACUAGCCAAGCUGAAUGUUUCACAAACGAGCAUAGAGACUUUGUCACAUUGGUGCAUUUUUCAUAUGAACAAAGCCAAACAAGUUGUUGAAACGUGGGAUAGACAAUUUCACAGUUCUCCUCGUGAGAAGAAGUUGGCAUUUCUGUAUCUUGCAAACGAUAUUUUACAGAACAGCAGGCGAAAGGGUUCUGAAUUUGUUGGUGAAUUUUGGAAGGUUCUUCCAGAUGCUCUUCGAGAUGUGAUUCAAAAUGGAGAUGAUUUUGCGAAGAAUGCAGCACAUCGUCUGAUUGGUAUAUGGGAAGACAGAAAGGUUUUUGGUUCUCGCGGUCAAAUUCUAAAGGAAGAGUUUGUUGGGAGGCAUGCAGAUAAUAGUAGCCGAGAUGUGAAACCUACAAACGUGAAAUUGAGGCCAUCUGCGGGGAAUGCAUUGGAGAAAAUAGUUUCAGGUUUUCAUGUUGUUUAUGGAGUGCAAGCAGAUGAAGAUGCGAUAUUGAGCAAAUGUAGGAAUGCCAUUAACUGUCUUGAUAAAGCAGAUAAGGAUAUAGGUCAUGAUGGUAAUUCAGGUCAAUUCAGUGGAUCUGCCGUAGUGGAUGAGCUCCGGGGGCAUAAUGCUGUAUUGAAGGACUGCAUCGAGCAAUUAACAGCCAUAGAGGCAUCCAGAGCUAGUCUUGUGUCUCACUUGAGAGAAGCUCUUGAGGAUCAGGAAUUCAAGCUGGGUCAAGUCCGUAACCAGAUUCAGGCUGCACAUGUUCAGUCAGAACGGGCGAGUAACACCUGUCGCCAAUUACUUAAUGGCAACAACAUUCAGUCAUUAGCUGAGUCGAGUUCAAAGGAGAUUCAAACUUCCAUGACACCUUCAGGUUUUAAUAUUUCCGGUGAAAGGGAGCAAUCGGCUCCUUUAAUGUACACACCACAAGUGUCAUUUUCUCAAAAAUCUGGGCACAUUGAAGAAGAUCCACGGAAGUCUGCUGCUGCUGCGGUGGCAGCAAAAUUGACUGCUUCAACAUCCUCAGCGCAGAUGCUGUCUUAUGUGCUGUCCUCCUUAGCAUCAGAAGGUGUAUUAGGCAACCCAAUGAAAGAGUCUUCGGCUGAUUAUCACACUGAGAAGAGGACCAAGCUCGAGAAUGACCAAUCAUCUUUUAUACCAUCUCAGAAUCCUCAACAACCACUUCCUCCCUUUUCACUUUCUGAGCCUAUUCAACAUAAUGCACCUACAACCAACCAGCAAUUGACUCCCAACGAACCUCCACCUCCACCCUCAUCAUCACCUCCCCCAUUGCCGCCACCACCACCAAUGUCACAGUAUCCCGUGCCGCAGUUCAUGCAAACUGCUGGAUCCAUUAGUAGCAUGGCAUACAGCUAUGGCAUGACACAACAGCCAUCGAUAGCGGCCUAUCCAGGUGUUGGAGCUUCCCUGAAUGGUGUCUCCACUUUUACUCCUCCACCGAUGGGUACAUAUCAGGGUUUUCAGGGUUCAGAUGGAAAUUACUAUAACCAGCCCUCAUCAAUGCCCAUGGCACCAAUAUCUCGACAAUAAAUGUCCGGUUCUAGAUAGAUCUUCUCAAGAUAAGGUUACUUAGAAAAAGUCUUCAUACCUCCACCCAUAAGCUGUUAUUGGAAUAUGAUUCUUCCUAAAGUCAGAUGUGCACAUAGUAAAUGUUUUGUAACCUUUAGUUGAUGGCUGGUACUAAUUUGCUGGAGUUAAAAUAAUUUCGUUGUGUUACCCCGAGGUUAAUGGUUUUGUACUUUUAUUCAGUAGGAUUUUUUUUUAAUCUUUCUGUUAUUGUAAAACUUAGAUUAUUAUUGCCUUGUGGCUUAUUAGAUGUGUGGUUUUUUAGGGUUGUAGGCAUGUUAUUACUGGGGAAUCAGUUAUUUGUAAUUCAACAUCAGUCAAAACCGGUCUGCGUAUCUCCCAAAAAUCUGCAUCCUCUCUGCUGAUGGGAUGUAAUAUUAUAUCAGACCAUGUGUUUGUAUUUUAUGAAUUCUUAUGUUGUGCUGUGUCUGGUUAACUCUGAAUAUAGUUUUUAUUUAUAAUA